AGCCAUCUGUGGAGCCUUGGCGGCGGGGCGCUCGGCCCAGAUGGGCCGUCCGGGCAGCUCGCGUGCGUGUUCCGGCUGACGUCCUCGGGCGCAAGCAGGGGCCCUGAACAUGCCGCUCAGGGCGCGGGAGAUGGAGGAGGAUUCCAAUCCGUUCGAGGGCGCGUUCUCAAUGAUCAAGGAUAUGCGCGUGCAGGUGCACAAGAUGCAGGCGCACCUCGAAGACGAGAAGAGGGAGCGCACGAACGAGGCGGCCAGGCUGCGCCAGGAGGUGGAGUCCCUGAAGGCGCGCCUGGCGCAGGAGGCAAUGGAGAAGACCACGCUCUGCCACAAGCUGGGUGAGGGCCUAGUUGAGGCGAAGGCCAGGCACUCGCGGCAGGGCGAGGCGGAGGGCGCGAGAUUCGCGGACGAGGUCGCCGCGGAGGCGCGGGUGCGGCAGGCGGCCGUCCAGGCCAUCUCGGAGAGGCUCUCCGGGGCCGCGGCCCAGGUCGCCAGGCUGGAGAACGACUGCAUGUCCCUGAGACAGGACGUCGAGAAGCUGGACAGCUCCUCCCAGGCCGAGUGCGUGGAGCUCAGAGGGCUCGUGCGCGAGCACUCGCACGGCCUGCAGCGCAUCCAGGGCGUCCUGCGGCGCGUGGGGGCGGCGUGGGCCAUGGAGGCGGGCCCCGUCGCGGCAUCGGAGCACUACGGGGAUCCCGACGCGCUCCAGCGGGGGCGGAAGGACCCCAUCAGCGCGGAGACCUCGGUGCCACCGUCCCCCUGGACGACCUCGCUAGGCGGCAGCCGCUGGAGGACGACCAGCGCCGGCGGUGUGCGGCAAGGUCCUGCGGUCGCCGCUGGCCGCCAAGGGCGACCUCUUUCGCCAGGCCUGGCGGGCACCCUGGAGUCCUCCGGCCUAGGCGGCCGGAGCCCCGAGACGGUGGCCAGCGAGGGCGCCCCCUGCGCCGGCGGGCGACGAGGUAUUCAUUCCGACGAGAGGCAAUUGGUAGACGAGAUGUGCUCCAUGCUCGGGAAGCUGGACGGCCAUGUUGGGGAUGCUCGAAGUGAUAGAUUUGUUGACCACCGACACCGGCGCUCCUGAUUCCGCUGACUACAGGCGACGGCGCUGACUUCGGCCUCUCGCGGGGCGCGUAGUCGCGCGGCCCAGCUCGGCGUCGCGCGAGGCCUCGGCCGAAGUCGAGGCGCACGACCCUAUAGGAUGCCGGGGAGGGCGCCGCGGGUUGCGCGGGCGCGGGGCGCCGCGGGGCGCCGCGGUGCGCCGGCCCCGUGCCGCGCGGGGGGC